CGCGAGCCUCGCUCGGUGCGUGUUUCGUGGCGCGGUGAUCGUCGUGGUUGUUGUUCGUUUCGUCUCGGCUCCGUUUUGUUUUUACACGUUACAUCGGUACAGUGGUAAUUAAAUUCCGUCGCGAAUCCGUCCGUCGCGUUUGCCGCGCAAUCGGUAGCGCGCAUCGUGUGCUGUACACGCUAGUAUCGCUCGUCUACGAGCGUACAUUCAACGCGGAGACGUCGUCGCCGUUUGUCUGUCGUGUGCGCGAACACCGAUGAGCGUGUGUGUCAAUUUUCGUGUGCGUGCUCUCGCGUCGACGUCGGCGUCGUCGUCGUCGUCGUUGCCGUUUUCUUCUUCUUCGUUUGUCGUGCUAAGUUCGGAGUUCGUGGCACGGUGCAUCGCCACGGUUGUGCCUGUUCUGUCUCUCUUCAACGUAUCUCCGCCGUGCGUACCAGCGUACUAUGUGCUUCUGUGUUUAUAAUCGUUGCGUCCUUUCUCUCUCCGUCUCGCUCUCCUCUCACCUGCAGUUACAAGGCACACACAGGUGUCCCGUGAAAAGGAGUGGCGACGCCUGCCGUGAAUCGUCACCGCUGUGAUAUUAAACGUCGAGGAGUACUCGAGGUUUUCCUUUACGAAUCCUGCCGAAAAGCAGCCAUCCACACUGCCCUCGAAGGAAUCGAGUACGUCGUCUCUGUACGGUGUGUUCCUUUUAGCGCCCACGAAAUGCCUCCUCACCGGCCACCAUGCUUGAGCCGUGACGUUACGCGUCGUUUCACCGAUAGAUGAAACACGAAUGCUUUCCGAAUGCGCUGUAAACUUGUCAGUGUGAGGGAUCGUUGUUUGGCAGGCGGCUGCGUGCCCGGAUGUUUGAGGUUACUCGUAGCCGGCUCGCGCACGGAACGUAUCGUUCGGGUUGCUUGCGUUUUACGUAACCCUAAUACACCGUCGUUUCGUCUACGAUCAUCGUUUAUAUUUUUUCCUUUGCUCGGCGAGAGCGAUCUCGACCUUCGCUGCGUCUCGCCGCAUUUUGAAGUGCGGAGGUUAGGUUAGGUUCGCUCCGCUUCGUGCGGCGUCGUUUCGUCGCGUACGCGGUAUAUUUCCGUUAACGGGUAUUUUGCGCGUUGUGAAAGGUGUCAUCGCUCUUUUUCACUGACGCAGUUAUCGUGAUUUGAAUAACGGAUCGGAAUGUCGCGUUGGAGUAUUGUGCUCGUUAGGGUGCGUUCAGAAUGAGCGAACGAUUCAUCCCCUCUUUCACAACAUUCGAGCUUGGUUAUUCGAUACACGAUUUUAACGAAUACUCCGAUAAUUAUAGUAUCGAUUCGGCUCGAUACGUUUCGAACCACACGGUGUAACUCGCAGUGGUUCGACUCGGUGUAAUUCAAUUCUAGUUCAAUGUCACUCGCUUUGACGUGUUUCAAUUCGACGCGAUUCAAUUCCCCUAUGACUAAACUCGACGCGAUUCAAUUCCAAACGAUUCAGCUUGGCGUGUUUCGAUUCAAUUCCACGCAAUUCGAUUUGACGUGGUUCAGUUACAGAGAAUGGUAAUAAGUCUGGAAAUAAAAUUGGAACAUCGAGAGAUGUAGCAUGUUCUUGUUACGAAUUUUGAAAUGGAAUAAUUAUCUGCGAAAUAAUUAUCUUUUUGCGUAGGAAAACAAGCUAUAAUUGCUUAAAAAUUAUUUCGAUUUAACGUCAAAAUUAUUGCAGCUACCAUAUAUAAAAAGAGUAGUUCCGAGUUAUAAAAAGUUGUCGUAUAAGUUUGUUCAAAACAGUUUAUUUAUGAACGUAUCAAAAAUCUUUAUAAGCGCGUUGUUUAUGAGCCUCAUAAAAUCGACAAAGAUUCGCUGACAUCGAGCUGUUUGUUACGAGCAAACAGUUUUCUCGAUAAUCGUCCGAAGUUUACGACAAAGAAGCAAGACCUCACGCUGUACGUUCUAAACGCGCCCUUACAUGUCCGAUUAAGUAGAGCUCUCAAUUAGAGGGAGAGAGGAGGUCGGUGGACCGUGAUGAGACAUUUCGUGGGACGGGGACGUAAUCGUUGGUGGCUUGUCCCGAACGACACAAUGCGCGCCAUUCAUGGCAACCGACCAAUGCCAUUGGCAGAGUUAACUUUACUCCGUUCCUAUUGCGCAGGACGAUUCGUCGAGCGUCGACCGACUACGCUCUCGUGGAUUGUCACGAGAAAAACGCGCGGAAGGGUCACGCUCAUUUCCGUCGUAAAUAAAGACCGUAUGGACCAGCGAUCAGGAAAUCGGCCGACGACGUAGUGCCAUAAGCGCCGAAAGAAAUAACUGCGUAGAACUGUCCGUUCCCGGCGAGGUCCACGGGAAAUUGCCAAAGCUAUAACGACAAUCCUGCCAUCUUGUACCUUUUGUACCUAGGAAUACGAAGCUAUAAUCAGAGGCUCCUGAGGACGAACGUCCACGGUAGCCGCUGUCGGAAGCGCACACAGAUCAAUUUCCUCGUGGCGAUCGUGAACGCACUAAACGCCGAGCCGUGGAGCUGCCUCGAAGCAACAAGCGACGCGAGCCGACCUCUCGACCGGGCACUCGUCACCAGAAUGUUCCAGCUGGCCAGCAACAACCGGUAGCUUCUUUGCCGGGUCUGGUCGCGAUCCUCAGCCCCUGGAGGAGGAAGAAACGCGGCCGUUUCAAGGAUCGCCCGUCGACGAUGUCGAUACGCGUCAGCGGAGUCUAUUUGGUGCCCAAUCCGGCCCCCAACGAGCCGGCCAACGAGAAGAACAGCAAUCUAUCGGCGGAGAACAAUCUCCAUCAGCAACACCAUCAUCAUCACGCCACGAAGACCGUGACGAUCGUGGCUGGACCUCAGAGAAGCAACAGUCUGGAUUACCUGAACUUCGAGGAGAAACGACAGAUCAUCGCGUCCUCGUUGUCGCUGAGCGACUUCUUCGCGCAUGGCCCGGCUGCGGCUGCGGCCGCCGCCAAGGAAGUUGCGGCUAACACCGUCAUCGCGAAGAAACAAAAUGGGGCGGCUCUGCGAACGAACAGUUUGGGUUCGGGGGCGAGAACACCACCCCUCGAAAGGAAAAGCAAGUUCUCUGCACUCGGUAGACUCUUUAAGCCUUGGAAAUGGAAACGGAAAAAGAAAUCGGAUAAAUUUGAAGCUGCCUCCUUGUCGCUCGAGAGGAAAAUCUCCGUACGAGCAAGCAGAGACGAGUUGGUACAGAAAGGAAUACUGCUGCCCGUGAUAAGGUCCACGUCGUUUCCAGAAAAUGACGCGACCUGCGACUCGCCCGACGGUCAGAAACCUCCUACUCCGCAGCAGACUCAUCAGCAGCAGCAGCAACAACAACAACAGCAACCGGCUGGUGGGGUUGGUAGCGGGCCUGGUGGUACCCCUGCAGCAACACCCACGUCCGUUGGUAACGUCCAGCAAUCCCAACAAUCUCAGCAAGUACCAUCGGCCACGCCGACCCCCACGACUGCCAAUCCGCAUUCUACAGGACCACCCAGCAAUCAACCCUCGCCUCAUCCCUCGCCCCUUUACCCAGGGAUGCCGCAGGUUGGACAACCCAAUGGCAGCACGCAAGAGCCGAAGAAGGAAAAGACUGAACAGAGUGCAAAUGGCGCGGUAUCGCCGAGCGGUGAUCCGCAAGCGAAUCAGGGCACGGCUACGACCGGUAGCGUGUCGAUUUCGGCCGCAGCCCCGAAUUCGGGGGACCAGCAAAAGCCGAGUAGGCCGAACACCCUGGAAGCCAGGGUGGUAGCCAGGAGACUGAUCUUGUUCGACAUGGAGAAGGGGGUCCUGGACCAAAGCAGCGAGAACCAGCAGGUGAUCGAGAGGUGUUACCCUCUUCCGCCUCAAAACACGUUGAUGCUGUCAGAACUUCCGGAACCACCGAUUCCUCUCAGCGAAAUCGGACCGAUUCCACCUCCGCCGAUGUUCAGUUCCACCAGUCCUACCCUCUUAUUAGCCAAGCAACGACAGAUACGAAACCCUUUAUCAUCAGACUACGAGGACGAAGAAGACGAGGAAGACUUCGACGUGGAGGAGGAGGACAACAUGUACGUAGCCAGGAUGUCGCAGCCAGACCCGAGCAUCGACACGUCGAGGGUGGAGGAGAUCCCUGCGAAGGAGCCAAAGUUUCACGCGGUGCCGUUGAAGAGCGUGCUGAAGAAGAGGGGUUCCGGAAGUGGGCCUGGUACACCGCAGAACACGCCAACCCAAGAGAACAGGCCAUUGACCCUUCGUCAGGAGCUGCAUGCUUCCUUCAACAGUCGACCGGUCAGAUUUGGCCUCGCCUUGCCGUGCACCCUCGAGAACAAAGAAAACGCGAGGCCGUACGUGAUCAGGGAGGAUGCCGAUGGAGACUCAGCUGAUGGUCAAGUUCUCUACAGGGACGAGUACGAUGAUGAGAAAAGUCGGUUGGCAGCAAAGAUCGCGCGCAAAGAGUCGUUGUCGCUGAAACUCGCCCUUAGGCCAGACAGGCAGGAGCUCAUCAACAGGAACAUUCUUCAGUUGCAGACGGACAAUGAGAGGCAGGAAACGAAGGAGGCGAUUGGUGCCAAGCUCAUCAGGCGGCUGAGCAUGCGGCCAACCCAGGAGGAGCUGGAAGAACGGAACAUUUUGAAAAAACAAAGUCCGGCCGAGGAGAAGAAACAGAAAGAAGAAAAGAAACGAUAUCUUCUACGGAAGCUCAGCUUUCGACCGACUGUCGAAGAGCUCAAAGAGAAGAAGAUCAUUAGGUUCAAUGAUUACAUCGAAGUCACGCAAGCUCACGACUACGACAGAAGAGCCGAUAAGCCCUGGACACGGUUGACCCCUAAGGACAAGGCAGCCAUUAGGAAAGAAUUGAACGAGUUUAAGAGUUCGGAAAUGGCCGUUCAUGAAGACAGCCGACACCUCACCAGGUUCCAUAGGCCAUGACAAUUGCAAUGUGUUGAGGUGCUACAGUGUGGUGCGGGUAUAGGUGAAGGUGCAGUGUGGUGGCCUCGUGUCGAGGCUGGAUAAAUCUCUCGGCGAAUCGUGGCAUCCGAGGAUUUUUCACGAUUGGAGUCGUCGUUUCGACGACGUUGACGGUGGUUUCUUUUUAUGACGUUGCUGCGUCGUGUUGUCAUUCGUCGUCGUUCAUCGUCAUCCAUCGCAUCAUCAUCGCGUGUCAUCAUCUUUGGUCACCGGCAUUCCGCGCUGACGACGAACGUCUCCACGACGUCGACGAAGAUUGUGAUAGGGUGGCCCGUGACCCGACAGAAGCGGGAUCGCGAUGGGUCACUCGAUGAUUUUCUCCGCAUUAAGGCUCGUUCGCACCUGAGCUCACCUGAAUUAUCUCGACCUUGACAUCUUUGGACGUUUGGAUUUGCCAAAAAAUAACCGAGAGAGAGAAGAAUGAAGUAACGAUUCGAGAAUCGUUGGAAGCCUAAGAUUUAGGUGACUGUAAAAUAGCGUCUUUUUGUACGUUGGCGACUUCGACAAGAACUUUCUGGCUACUUGUUCCUCGAAGGUUCUGAUCGUACUUUACGACUACUUGCUAACUUUCAGACUCGGGUCUCUGAACAAGUACUAAACUGUCUUUAGAGAUACUUGAGAGAUUAACGAACACGAUGAAAUUUGUUGACGAGUAUCGCGUGAGCUCACGUGUGAACGGUUCUUUCUAGAUAUAGAAAAAAACACCGUGUUUCUCUUUGCCAUCAAGCUAGCUCGUCAGUGUCACCUGGCAUCAUCGCGUAUACGUGAAACGAUUCCUAACUGAAUUUUCAUUUGUUCGUGUGAUAUAUCUUUGUGAAAUACUCAGCUCGAAUCAGGGAUACGGGAAGAUACAUCACAUGAAACGAUUCGGGAAGAAAAUGGAAGGAGGUUAAAUACCGUCGAAACUGAUUUAGGUUUGGAUUUAGUUUCUUUUUUUUAGAGACGCGUUAGUUUCAGAUAUUUUUAUAUGUUAACGAGGGAAACGUUUCCUUCGUCGAAUGUAGAGCUCGUUUUCUUCGAACGAGGGAACAAAAAGUGAUACGAAUAAUGCAAGUUUCGCGGUACAUAUGGCGGCUAUCAUGUUAUUUAUCGAACAAUUCCAUGAAUCGUGAUUUUAAUCGAUUUUUUAAUUAACCCACGAAUAGCUAGGCUUUCAUCUGAAGUUCAAAUUUGAUUUUCAAAUUAAUUCGGUAUUCUUCAAUUUAUCAGAGUAACAAUCUUAUAUUUGCAGAUUUAUCUACCAUUGUAUACCUUCCUGAUUGAUCAUCGCUAUUCGAGGGUUAAUCGCAAUCAGUCCAAGCCUCCAGUGGCAAUGUUUUAAGUGGACCAUUUUCUUUUGGCUAAGGCGUUGAAAUACUCGAGAUAUUUGUUUUUAAUAACGCAAUCUAUUGGCAGGAUAGUUUAUUUCGAUGAAAUGGACAAUUUUGAAUGGUCUUUUGAUUCUACAAUCGAUCUUGACGUGUCCAAUAAUUUUAUAAAAUUAAUUUGACGCGGUAUUUCUGAUACUUCUCGUGUACAUAAUUAGCCACGUAGAACUGGCUAUCUUUAUUCGGAAAAUAUGAUCUCAAGAACGUUUUCUUUGGAUUCUUGAUCUUGAGAUUUGAUCAGUUUCAGGUGUAACUUUCCGGUGAUUAGACACAAGACUUUUGCCGUCCAUAAAGUUGCCAAAUUAGGAUGGUCUUUAAUUUUAACGAUCCAUCGGAUCAUUCUUCCCCUGUGGAAUGCUUUGAAUAGUCGCCUAAUGCAAAGGGUAUUUCAUUUGCAACAAGUUUUUACGGUUAAUCGACUCUUUAUAAUAUUUUACCAGAUAUUUCUUCUCAGGCAUUUUCAUUUUCAAAGUUGAGUGAGAACGUUCGAAACUUUUUACUAAUUUUAAUUUGUCACGAUAACGUUACACGGUAGAAUUAACGUUCUCACUAUUUGCCUCUGUUAUUGCUUCUCCGACACCCUAAAAGAAUCUUCUGGUUCGCAUUUUUUACAAUCGUGACAAGCAUUCGUAGUUUCACGUAAAUAAAAACAAAGGUCAUUGACCUAGUGUAUUUGACAAAAUUUGAUGAUUGUCAACCGUAGGGCAAUCAUCCGACAACUUUAACGUUGAUCACUAUCGAUAAUAAUUCGAGCUCCUCGAUUUUCAGCCGAUCAUCAUACUUGUACAUUCGUACACGCAUACAUAUGCUUGCAGUUCAAUGAUUCCAAAAUUACGUGGUUUAUUUAUUAAUAUGCUGAUUGCUGCGAGGGUCGUGGCUGAUCGGCAUUACCAAUUUAACUUGACCAUAUAAUUAAUUAGUUUAGAGAAACGUACCACUGAAAUACCGAAAGAAUUUGUAAGAAUUAAUACGGAGACGGGAGGGAAAUAAAUUUUGAAUCACUAUAUUAAUAGCGCUGAAGUAGUAAUUUAAAAUAGGAAUUUGAAACAUUGAUUUAUAAAUGAUGAAAGUAUGGAAGCUUAGAAUACGUCUAAAACGGUAGUACAUAAUUUAAAAUACGAAAUCCAUGUUAAUAUAAUAUUGUAUAUAACUACGUAAUUAAUAUAUUAUUAAUGUCCUAUAAACUUCUCUUAAAUAUUUCCUUUUUAAGUUAUUUCACCGUAUUAAAUUAGUAACGCCGAUCGCCGUUGACCCCGCAACGGUCAAUAUGUUAAACUCCAGGACGCAUAAUGCAGAGGCAUCUUUCAACUCGCACGACUAUUUAUGACAAUCUUGUUCGAUCGACAAGAAGAAAUAAAAGUAAUAAAAUAAAAGAAGAAACUAUUUUUCCUUUACUGCCAGGUAUCACUAUUUCUCUAUUGCGGAGCUGCCUUGAGGAGCAAACGCUUAACUGACUAUCAUAUAUAAAAAAAAACACACACAAGAUGAACGAAAGAAAAUAAAACUGAGAUGUACUGUACUCUGCGAUGAGAGAGGAAAAGAAAAAAAAGAAUAAACGGAACGAUGCAUUGUGCAAUUACACACACACACUUUGUACAGGAAUAAUAUACAUAGCGCGUACCUUAGUGAUUAUUAUUAUUAUUAUUAUUGUUAUUGUCAUCGCUAGGCAACGCUGUGAUCCUCGUUUCGAUUUUCGAUCACGCGUUUCGAUCGCGGAGUCAAAAAGAUCGUCUACCGCUAUCGUUCGUGCUAAGCUGAUCAAAGAUUAGAUCAAAGAUUCGUCGUCGAUUAAAUGAGUCGUUGCAGAACGAACGCAAAUAAAACGCUCUCUUAGCGUGCUUCGAUGUAUCUCGCACGCUUGCGAAGCUUCCUGUUCAAAGCAUGAUCGUCAUCCCUCGAAGUUCGAACUCUUGAAAUCAACCCUUUCCAUACACUCUUUUGAAGAACAUUUUGGGAACAUUUUAGACUUCUUGAAAAAAAUGUAGACAUAAUUACCGAGAAAGGUAGUUUGAAGACACUGGUGCAAAUAUUUAGAAAUUUUAAGUUACAUAUGUGCAGUUCCGAAAUUUCUCAAAUAUUCAUAUCUUGUAAAAUUUCUGAAUUAUGUAAAAAAUCGUGUAAACUACAUUCGCCAUUUUCCCUGAAGAAGCCUGUCAUGUUCACAAAAUAUAAAAACAUCCAAUAGUCAAAAAGUAGAGAACCAAAGAAGAUAUACAUAAAAGAUAUUAUGUUUCUGAGAACAUAUAAAUUUCAGUACUUUAAAAGAACUGUAAAAUAAACUUUGCAAAUACAGUUAGAAAGAAGGGAUGAAUAAAAUAAUGGAGAAAGAGGAUGACGAGAAACUAUGCGAGCUUACGUAAAUUUUUCGAUACGAGGAGCUCGAUCGCGCGAGUUCUCCUCCGAGCGUGUAAACCGCGACGACGAGUCGAUUUUCCUUCUAAAUAGUAACCUAGUUUUAACGAUCGUCCAAUGGGGUGAGAGGAUCGUAUGGUCGAUCUUUCUCGUAAACCCGUCGGUGAACUCAGCUGUUCGAUAUUACAGACAAAAAGAAACAGAGAAGAAAAAAACAUAAAAAAGAAAUUUUCGUCAACCUCGAGGUCGUCGAAGAUAACAUACGAAGACGAUGAUGGAAAGACCUUCUAGUGAACCACGGAGACGCACGUGAUUAACACGUUGACUGCCAUCAAAUUUACUCUGUUAUUUCAUUUCUUAAGAUACAUUUUUCCAUUUUAUUUUUCAAUUUGACUAUCAGCGUUUAGAAAUGUAACAUGGCAGGGUCUUUGUUUUAUGUGUCUAGUAUGUUAUUUAAAAUUUUUUAACAAUCUCUGAACCCCACUUUUUGCACAAAAUUUUGUUGCUAUUAAUUAGAGGGGUAAUAUUAGAAUGUGCACGUGUGCUUUCAAGUGGAGAAACUAAGAAAUGUGACUUUAAGUCAAACCUACCCCUGCCAUGAUAGUCGAGGGUUAACCUUUCAACCUCAGAUCUUAUCAGAAUAAAAUUAGCGAUAUUCGAAAUAAACUUUCUCUUUUAAGUGUAAUUAAAGUUGUGGUGUCCCAGGGCAGUCAACGUGCUUAAGGAACAAUGUAAAGUAGGGAGAUGAAGCGUCUCUCUCGUUCCAUUGGUCGAGCGCUGUGGCUACCGUGUAGUCGAACAAAUAUAUCCAUUAAUUUCCGAUUUGUAUGGUACAUGUGUGUCAGUGUGUGUGAGUGAGCCGUAAGAGAAUCGGUAUUUCGAUUGGUGUAAAGCUUUCUGAGAGCUUCAGCGAGCGCGAGUCGAGGGUGAAAACGAGAAAAAGUUAAAAAAGGAUUCUGCACUUUGUUCGAUUUAUUUCUUCGUUUGUUGUUCUUCUUUUCACUCUCAAGGACGGAUCCACAGAGGCAAGAAAUAGAGGAUUGUACGCGAGGAACGAUGAUUGUAAAUAUAGAGGGUAGGGAACGGAAAGAGACAGUUUUUAGGCGUAAUUGUAAAACACCGCAAUAGUGAUCCACGCUACACGCUAAACGAUAAUUAACGCAUGGCAGAACGAAAGGAAAUACCUUAUAAAUAUCUGAUUUUAGGUAAAAAGAGCUCGGAGCGCGAGCGACACACCGUAUACAUAAUAUAAAUAUUAUACAUAGAGGCGUACAAACAGUAUGUGCGUUUUUCCAGCACAUAUAGUUGGUAUUUUGUGUACAAACGAGAUGAAACAUUAAGAAGAAAUCUGCGUAAGCGCGAGACGGAGAAUGAACGAUUUUUGGAUAUAUUCGCCGCGCCCUAUCCAGAAUCUGGAUGAUUAUUAUUAUUAAUUAUUGCUACGAUUAUUAUUGUUACUAUUAUUAUGAUUUUUUGUAAGAGAGAGGCGCGAUGAAAUUAUUUGUCCACGAACGAGGACAAGUUCCUCGACCACGUUCCAAGCGAAUCGAAAAUUGCAAAUUAUCCUAGAAUCAAUUAUCUCUUUGUAUUAUUGCAUUCAAAUUUAUCAGCGAAUAUCGUAUGUCUUAGAAAUCCCGCGCAAUUUCGAUUCGCUUCGUGGUUUGUUCGCGCGAUGCGAUUGAACCUCGUUCCGCGAAAUCGCGACGACGCGAAAUUUGCCGCACGAAAUUGUGGCGAGAACGAUGUUAACGCUUGGAGACCCUCGUCACUUAACAAGUAUUCCAUUAAGCGUGAAUGAUUUUUGUCGAGGAUUUCGGGAGGAGAAAUUUUAUCUCUGCCAAAUUUUUAAAGUAGAACAUUGAGAUUUCGAGAAUUUUUAGAGCGGAAUUAUUCAUAGAUUACGCGAUAAGCAUCGGACUCCGAUCGGAUCCGAUUUUUCUGCAGACAUACGGUUACGACCUAUGGUGAUUUCAAUGCGUGGUUGACACCAUGCACUCGGUGUUUUGCGUGGACUCGCAAAUUUCGGAUAGUAAAAUUUGUUGGGAAAAUUUCUUUUAAAUUUUUGUAAUAAUUAUAACAGUUACAAAAUUUUCUUUUAUUUUAUGGGGUACAUUGUCAGACAAAACUUGGAAGAUUUUUCUGUUGGAAUCAUUUUUGUAGUCUUUUAUAAUCAUCCAUUUUUUAAAUCAACUGUAACAAAAGUAGAAGCUCUUGAAUAAUGUUGAAUUAAUUAUAACUUUAAGAAAUUAAAAAAUGGAAAUGUACAAUUGAGUAUGCGUUAAUCUGUAUUGUUUGUCAGACCACAUAUUUUCAUUCCAACAUGUACACGUUACAAUUUAUAAUUUUUGUAUGAAUUCAUUUCGGACAAUUAAUGAGUUAUGAUAAAUUAGUGAAAUACAACUGUUGUUAAUUUGCGAGUCUGAUCUCCCAAAAUUUAUCAAAAAUCGUGAUUCACAGAACGGGGGAAAUCGAGCGCACAGUUGACGUAAAACGGUAAAAGAGAACACAAUGAGAAACCAUAAUAAUACAAGCAAACCACAGUCAGGCUGUAAAAAUACGAGAGAAUAUUGUCGCGAUCAGACAGGUCGUUUCUACUUGUAUCAUAAUCUCUUACGAUAGCGCUACUAUUAAAAACAAUAACGAAACAGUAACAACAAAAUAAGGUAACUCGUAAUUUAAGGGAGAGUGAGAGAAUGCGAGAGGCAAGAAGCAUGAGUGUGAAUAAGAAAAAAAAAAAUAAAAUAGUGUAUGCGACGAGUAUAUGCGAGUAUAGUGAUUCGUGUCACUAAAAAAGAGAGCGAACUCGUGGCUAACGGAAACGGGCUUCGUUUCCGGUCGUUGGUCUCGCAGCUCUCGAAUCUCUGCUCAACUUGCAUCUUUCGCGUGAAUAUUCGCGAAUUAAAAACAAAGAGGAGGUCGAACGCGAGACCAACUUCCGGUGACCAAAGCUCGAAGGAUUUUUACCAAAACGACUCCGCGAGUCGCGGAGUGGAAGCAGUUAAUAAACAUUUAGACGUAAUUAUUGGAUUUCGUUCUGUUUUGUAAAACGAAAUCGACGACAGUGUAUAGCCGUGCUUCGCGGUUCGAGAAAAUGAAAACGCACGCGUUUCGUCGCUUCGAGAAAACGACGAGCUUUGUGAACGCGAACGAUCGCUGGAACCCGCGGUCUCCGUUUUAUUCGUUGUUGAUUGUUUAUUUAUAAUUGUUUGCGCAACUUGGCUCCGUUGGAGGAUUUUUAUAGCGGUGUUUUGUAUUUUAAUCGAGGAUUUUAUUCUAUCGAAUUUUAGAAAUAUUAUAAAUUUAUGGGUGUACGUUCUUUACGUUGAUUUGAUAGGAAAAUGUUUAAAAUGAUUUAAUAAAUAAACAACGAUCUUUGAAAAAGUGCGAAUAGAAUUCAUGAUUUGUAACAAUUAGAAACACUUUUCAUACAAUAUAAAAAUGUAAUAAUUUUGCAAUAUAUGAAGAAUGAUGUGAUUCGAUAAGAUUCGAUUUAAUGCGAAGUUAAAUAAUUAUUGUAAAACAUUUAUACAAAUGUGUUUGUUGCGUUGGUAAUCAUUAAACGCAUAUCGAUAUUGUUUUUUUAUCAAAUUUUAUACGAAAGAGAUAAUCCAGUGAUCGUUCGGUAACGCGUUGUUCGGGACGUAACAUUUGAAGGAAUGCGUUGUAUUAUAUUAUCGAGAAACCCUCUAAGUGUAAGAAUAAUAAUGUAUAUAUAAUUAUUAUUACCAUAAACUUCGAUCGAUUGCACCCUGGGGAAAAUCCGUCUUCCCCCCAUAAAGAGAAACGAAAAAAGAUGAGAAAAUUGUAAUGCACGAACACGUGAACGAAGACGAAGCAACAAAUUCUCAAGGUAUAUAUAUAUAUUAUAUAUUCGUGGAUAAAGCGAACAAAGUAAAAGAAGAGUGAAUGAUAAGCCAAAAAAGAAAACUGUUCUCGCAAUUGAUUUCGAAAAUGAAAGAGGAAAAACAUAAAAAAAAGACGCUGCGUUAUUCGAUCCAGAUCCGUUCUGUUCUUUUGUUGUUAGUUUGUACGCACUACGAUUUAUCGCAAUUUAUUGUAUUAUCGAUGAAAUACUGUAACAAAAAUACUGUUAACUAUUCUUAAAAAAAUUAAAACUUUUGUAAACUGAGA